UAAUAUAUUUAAUGUUAUACUUCCUUAACAAAAUAUAUUUUCACUAGCUUCUAAUGUACUAUAAAGUUAUUUUUUAAUUAUAUGUCCUUUCUCUUUGCAUACUACAGUAUCAGUGAUACAAUAUUAUGAAAAUUAAUUUUAACUGCCAUAAUUCUGUUAAUGAUAUUAUCUCUCUGUACAUGGAAUUAUCAGUACUUAUACAAGAAGAUGAUGUUGCAUCAACUCAAAUCUUCUGUAUUGUAUUGUACAAGGAUAGGACGAGCAUCUUUAUCCUCUAAAACAUUUGUACAUGUAAAAUUCUCUAGAAAAAUUGAUAAAACUAAUUUCUUCUUUAGGCAGCUAUUUGAUCCAGUGAGCUGCACCUACACUUAUGUAUUGGGUGAUAUAAAUACUCGGGAUGCAGUCAUUAUUGAUCCCGUACUUGAACAUGCAGAGAGAGAUGCUGGGCUUGUGAAGGAAUUGGGAUUAAAUUUAAUCUAUGCAAUGAACACACACAUGCAUGCAGAUCACGUCACUGGUACUGGUAAAUUGAAGUCGUUGCUGCCAGGAGUUCGUAGUGUGAUCGGCAAGGCUUCCGGCGCUAAUGCUGACAUCCACCUGCUGGAUGAUGAUGUGGUAACAUUUGGACAGCAUCAGUUGCAGGCAGCUGCGACGCCUGGUCACACUAAUGGAUGUUUAACAUACAUAUGUCAUGAACAGGGUAUGGCAUUCACGGGUGACACACUACUCAUACGGGGCUGCGGCCGUACCGACUUCCAGGAGGGAUCCUCCGAAGCCUUAUACAGCUCGGUACACAAAAGGAUCUUCACGCUACCUGACCAUUACACACUGUAUCCAGCACACGACUACAAAGGACUGACCGCUACCACGGUGGGAGAAGAGAAGAAAUAUAAUCCUCGAUUGUCAAAAUCAUUGCAGGAGUUCAUAAAAAUAAUGGAGAAUUUGAAUUUACCGUACCCGAAAAUGAUUGAUAAAGCUUUACCUGCUAAUAGAGUAUGUGGUAUAUAUUAGUGUUAAAUCAAUACUAAAAUGUCAGUCUGUCUGUCAAAAUGCCUGGUUUUCGUGUAUUUGGUUUUCAACAAGGAAAUGACGUUUAGCGAAUGAAACAAGUUUUGAUGUAAUAUUAUAUGUAGCUUGAACCCUGAAGAAGUAUGUCUCUCUUACAGUUUACUUA